CCUGUGGGAUCCAAGGCCAGCCCAUCGCCCUGGCGAUCAGCACAGGAGUUUGUGGCCACAGAACAGUUCCCAUGGGUGGUGGCACUGCAGGACACACAGCACAACUUCCUGGCCUUCGGCUCCAUCCUGAACAAGUGCUGGAUCCUCAGUGCCACAUCCAGCCUGUCUAUCCUGCGAGGGGCCCUGCGGCAGCAGCAUGUACUGGCCUUGGUUAGGCUGAGUGUCAUGAAGAGGGGAUGGGAGGACCAGCCCCAGUAUUUGAUCAGCUCUGUCAUCCCCCACAAGGACUUUGACGAGGUGACACUCUACAACAACAUCGCUCUGCUCAGGACAGCCACCCCGCUGCAGUUCAGCAGCAUCAUUCAGCCCAUCUGCUUCCCACACGGGACCCUCUCUGCCUCAGACCUCAUGAACUGCUGGGGUGAUGCUGGCAACCCUGUUAUGUGCCAGAUUAGAGGGACUCAGAGAUGGGUCCUGAAAGGCAUUCUCAGUGAGGGUGGCACGAGAUGCUACGGACCGUUCCUGUGCACCACAGUGUCCUACUACAGCGACUGGAUCUUGGCCACCAGUGAGAGGACAGGACCUCCAGCAUUCCCCACGCUAGUCAGGGCAUGA